AUUUAUUCAUAACUUUUAAAUGGACGAUAUUAGGUCAGACCUAAGCGGGAAGGACUCCCAAGCCAAGGCUAGCUGCCAUGAAGACUCUUUUGCUAGAGAAGAAAAUGAGACCAAGAAGUACGCAACACAGCACAGUGACAAUUGCCAUUGGAAAGGAAAAGCACCAGGAAGAACACAAGAAGAUACAGUCGGAAGGAAAAAAUAAGAAGGAGGUCACCAAGGAGGAUUAUGACCAAGUCGUCUCUAUGGGUAAAAGUAUGUGGAAUAACCUUUUUGGGAAAUAUGUAAGCAAGAAGGGAAAGCAACCUGACCACAAAACCCCUAGUAUGGAAGCAGGGUCUGAUAGAGGAAGUGACCAAGGAUCUCAACCUAAAUCUGGGAGAUCUGGCAGUGCUCCGAAAACUAUUUCAGGGUCUCAGAGGAAAUACUCUGGAUCUAAUCCUCCUAGGAGUGGAAGUUCUCCUCGCUCUCAACAUACUAUUGAAGGAGCCCAGGCUAUUCGACAACAAAACGUAGGGACUGGCCUAAUGGCUGUUCUUGGAAACAUGAAGGAAGAGAAGAAGGAAACUAAGAAAGAGAAGAAGGACAAAAAAGACAAGAAGAACAAAAAAGACAAGAAGGACAAAAAGGGCAAAAAGGACAAAAAGAGCAAGAAAAAAGACAAGAAAAAGAAAGACAAAAAGAAGAAAGAUAAAGAAGGAAAGGAUAAGUCUGAAGAGAAGAGCAAAAACAAGAAGGAUAAGAAGGAUAAGAAGGAUAAGAAAGAUAAGAAAGACAAGAAAGGCAAAAAGGAUAAGAAAGAUAAAAAAGAGAAGAAAAAAUAAGAAGAAGGAUAAGAAGAAAGACAAAAAGAAGGGAAAGAAGAAGUCCAAGAGCCGUAGCAGCUCUAGUUCAAGCAGUUCUAGUAGCAGCUCAAGUAGUAGCUCUAGCAGUAGCUCGAGCAGUAGCUCGAGCAGUAAAUCUUCUAAGUCGUCGAAGUCAGCCAAGUCAUUCAAAGUUAAAAAGCACAGAAAAUCUUCUUCUGAAAAGAGCUGGAAGGGUAGUGACCACAGUCUUUCAAGAAAGAGCUUUGUUUCAGAAAGUAUACAACUGAGUGAAGAAGAGAAGGACCGUGUCGGUAAUCUUCCUGAUGGCCAGAGAUCCCAGGUCUUCCUCAAAAGAGCAACCACCAUCGUUAGGAGCAAUAUUGACUUAGAAGGAUCAGAAUCUAUAAAAGGCGAAACUGAUGAUAAUAUCCGAAUGUUGAUGUGUAGUUUAUGCAAGAAUGUACUCGUCAAUCCAAGGAUCUGCUCAGGCUGCCAAGUCGCUAACUGAGAGAUGUGUCUUGAAGAAUGGGGACUCAACCAUAAUAGGUGUCCUAAUGGAUGCUUCAAGUUCAAUUAUACUAGACCAGCUAAAGUGUUAGGUGUCCAACUCAAUAAGUUAAGAAUCAAAUGUGAGAACAAAGAUAACGGAUGCCAUAAAGUGCUAAGAUACGAUGAAAUUCAAAGACAUCAACAAGAAUGUGAAUUUUCUUUGGUUCACUGCAAGAAUGAAGGCUGUCAAGUCUCUGUGUUGAGACCUGCAAUAGGGGAACAUGAGAACUAUUGUGAAUUUGAGAAGAAAAUCUGUGAAGGAUGCCACGAAGUCGUUAAAAAGAGUGAACAAGCUAUUCAUAAUUGCUUCAAGAAUAUUAAUCAGAGGAUGGUCAAUUUAGAGCAAAUGGUAAAAGAUACAAUGUCAAAAUUAGAAAAUCCUGCAGAGGGGUCAGAUAACGAUAAGUCUAAAGCUCCUAUGUGUGUGAGACAUGAGUACAUUCAGGACUAUUCAUUAGAGUUCAGUAUCUAUCAUCACCCUCAAAAUCACUAUCAAAUAACUCUACCAAAAGAUAAUCUCCCAAUGAGUGAGGAUGCUAGAUCCUUGAUUUUGAGAGUAGUAGUUAACGACUGAGAAGUGUCUAAACUUUUCUCCAGAUGUAUCAUUAAGCAAGCUGGAAGCGCCCAGGGAAUCAAUCUCUCUAACCAUAUUAUGCCACAAAAGGGUGCUCCUUUGAUUUUUGAGACAUUCAUGCCUUGGUCAAAUGAGAAUCCAGCACAGAUAAGCAUCGAAUGGGAAAGAAAUAUGCACCAUAUGCAUGAGUCUCAAAGUUAUUAUGGAUCUGGGCAUGAGACUCACUCUAUGAUUCCAGGAACAGGAGCUCCUCACUAUCACGAUCCUUAUACAACUUCUCGCUCUCAUAGCCCUAUAAAUGCGCCUAUCGCUGCUACUCAAAUGCCUGACCUGAGCAACAAGGGUGGGCCUCAGGCUCAAGAGUUGACUCAAGGGACCAUUUUCAUUGGAAUUUCUGGAUACUUAGAAUAA